AGAUGAAGUGGGGCUGCCGCGGGUGGGCGGGUAGAAGGGCAGCAGCCGCCGGCCGGGAGCGAUCGUCCGCCCGGCCCCAGCGGUCCCGCAGCAGCGCCGGGGGGCGCCCGGAGCCGAGACGCGCCGAGCCAGGUAGCGGAAGGGUUGGGGCCUUGCACGAAUCGCUGCGGGAGUGAGCAGGUGGUCAGCUGAAUGGAUAGAGGAGCCACCUGAGGAGUUCCAGGGCUUUGUCACAGCAGAAGCUCCUCCAGCCGAGCGGCAGGGGAAGAUUGCCAGGGGAUUAUUGAAAGGCCUACGCAGCAGGGAAGGCCGGCUUCCGGAGAGCAUGAGGGAGGCUGCAGCUGAACGCCAGCUGGGGGUUCCUGAGAGCACGUGGAAGGCCUGAGCAGGAGCUGCGCACACGGCCCGGGGGCGGGGGGAGCUGCCGAGAGACCCCCACCAAGCUGCAGCUGUUCCUGGGCCCUGCUACAGAUGUGGAGCUCCUCAAGAGCUCAGCUGUCUCCCAGGCAACCAGAGCCGGGGAGGCCCCCUCAGCUGCGAGGAGCCGCUGAUGGAAAGCAGCAGCCAGCCAGGUGCGGGCGAGGCGCGGUGGGAACCUGGCUCUCAAGCCCCUUACGCAGAGUCCCCCUGAGAUGCGCUUUUCUUCCCCCUCCUGGACAGAGUCUUGCAGCAGGUGACCAGCCGACAAGGGGCUAGACCCUGGGUCUGCGCGCACCGAGACGCGCUCCCUUCGCUCCCCGGGCCAGUGGAGCUUGCAGGAGAUGAGGAGCCCGGCUCCCCUUUGGGGCCCAAGGCAGAGGGGAGCCGUUUGCCCACGAGAGACCCAGGCUCCUGUUGCUUGUUAAUCCAGGGCUUGGGGACUGGCAGCCGGACUUCCAGCAGCUCCCUCGCUCCCCGCCUGGGCUUGUAACGGAGCAUCUGGGGCCCAGCUGGGCUCUGGGCAUCCAGAGACGUGACUGCACCUGCGGUUACUAAAGAGCCCCCAGGGAGCUGGACGCGUCGCUGUGCCGAUCUCCAGUGUAUUUCCCCCCUGCCUUGUGCAUCCCCCCAGUCUGCCCUAUGCCCUUCUGCCGCUGCCGCGGAGAGGGUGGGCAGCGUACUGUCGGCACAGGCCGGCUGGCACGUCAGCAGCCAACCCAGCGGACCCGGUGACCCCGCCCCUGCCCUGGCAGGGAGGCCCUUUCCUCUUCCCCCCUCCACCAUGAAGUGCUCCCUGCGGUUCUGGUUCCUCUCGACCGCCUUCCUGCUGGCGUUCGUCAUGUCGCUCCUCUUCACGUACUCGCACCCCAGCAUGGCCUACCUGGACCCCGGCAGCCCGGGCGGCUUCCACCGGGUCAAGCUGGUGCCCGGCUAUGCCGGCAUGCAGCGCCUCAGCCAGGGCGGGCGCCUCGGGGAGGGGUGCGCCUGCCGCAGGUGCACGGAGGACGCAGGGGCCUUGGCGUGGUUCACCAGCCACUACGACAGCAACAUCUCCCCGGUGUGGACCAAGGAGAACAUGGACCUCCCGCUGGACGUCCAGAGGUGGUGGAUGAUGCUGCAGCCCCAGUUCAAGUCCCACAACACUAAUGAAGUCCUGGGCAAGCUCUUCCGGAUCGUGCCGGGCGAGAACCCCUACGGCUCCCGCGACCCCAGGACGUGCCGGCGCUGCGCCGUGGUGGGCAACUCAGGCAACCUGCGCGGCUCUGGCUACGGGCGAGAGAUCGACGGGCACGACUUCGUCAUGAGGAUGAACCAGGCCCCCACCGUGGGGUUUGAAGCCGACGUCGGGGGCAGGACCACCCAUCACUUCAUGUACCCAGAGAGUGCCAAGAACCUGCCUGCCAACGUCAGCUUCGUGCUGGUGCCCUUCAAAGCCCUGGACCUGCUGUGGAUCACGAGUGCCCUGUCGACCGGGCAGAUCAGAUUCACGUAUGCGCCUGUGAAGCCCUUCCUUCGCGUGGACAAGGAGAAGGUGCAGAUCUACAACCCAGCCUUCUUCAAAUACAUUCACGACAGGUGGACCGAGCACCACGGGCGAUACCCCUCCACGGGGAUGCUAGUGCUGUUCUUCGCGCUUCACGUUUGUGAUGAGGUGAAUGUCUUUGGAUUCGGGGCAGACAGCCGGGGCAACUGGCACCAUUACUGGGAGAACAAUCGCUACGCAGGGGAGUUCCGGAAGACCGGGGUGCACGAUGCGGACUUUGAGGCGCACAUAAUUGACAUGCUGGCGAAAACCAGCAAGAUCGAAGUUUACCGCGGCAACUGACGCUCUGGGCUCUGUCCUCUAGCUUUCAUUUCAGAAUCAGGUUUCAAGAGACGGGAUAGCUGUCACUGGCCUCGCUCUGACAGAUCCCCAACCAAUCACAAUGAGCUACAGGGUUCGGUCUGUGACCCCACCUGACCAGUGGCCAAGCGGGGGUACUUGGUUCUGCCGGUCAAUCAUCUUUAGAAAGAAAAGGAAACUUCUUUUGGUUUAAAGGUUUCGGAUGAAAAGGAUUUACAAAGAAAACCGGCCCCUGGUUAUGUUGGGGGCUUCCAGCCCGGUUCUCCUCAUGGUCAAACCAAAUGCUGCUCUUUUUUUUUUUUUUUUUAAACCAAUCAUAAUUUCAGAACAAAGCCCAACCAAUCGUGGCCGCAGGCCGAAGGCAAAGCUGCAUGUUUUGAACAGUCUCCCAGUGCAAUAACACUAGCCUGUGACCCUAUGGAAUGGGGUGGUUUUUACACGAGCCGCCCCAUUCUGAGCCCCAGCCGGAACUGUUUGGAACAAGCCUGGAAACACCCAGGUGAACGUCUCCUUUUUUAACGUUCUUUGAGACCGGCAAUCGCUCGCCCAGAGGAGGCUCCAGCGUCUCUUUGUUUUGUACAAUCUGGUUCAAAGUACUGAAUGGACAAUCAGUUCCUUUUGGGUGUGGGCACAAUCAGUUUGACUGGGGAAGUUCCAGCUUGGCAAAGGGAGGGGAUGGGGGAGUAGAGGAAGGGGUGUGGGGCGGUUCAUGGCUUUUUGACAGCCAGCUGGGUCCAAACGAUUAGGAAUGGAGCCUGCUGAGAAGAGUUCUUGCUGAGCAGCGGAUUUUAAAGCCACUGGAAACAUCAAGAGGGAGAAGCAGCAUCUGGGUGCUUCUGAUGUAGGGUCUUGGCAACCUGGAAGCUUCUGAGACUUGACCAGUGGUUAAAGCUGGUUGGGAGCUAGUCUCAAUAAGUGGGAGGAACGGAGAGGAAGGGAACCUCCCUUUAACGCCUGGUGUCUGCCUCUUUACUCCCGUGAGAAGGGGCAGUGUCUUGCUCUGGGACUGACUGAUAGGGCCGAAUGAAGAGAAGCCAGGCCAAAGGCAGCGAAGAAAUCUGAAGAACCUGUGGCUUAGACCCUUUCCCCAUCUCCAUCCCAAUCCCACCUGGGUUUAGAGAGGGAAGGGGGAAUUCUCUACUCUAGAACCACACCCUACCUCCCCACACCCGUCCCUCCCCCACAAAUGUUGCCUCCAUGAUCUCUUCCACCAGAGCAUGUUCUUGCAACAAGCUGUCCUUGUAAGAGCCUUGGCAAGUUCUGAUGACAGGGAAGCGGUGGCCCGCAGCUGGGUACGGUCCUGCUUUUCCAGGUUCAUUGUAAAUUUCCCCGCUCGUCCUCGCAUCGGAAUGGAGCUGCGGUAGCAACUAGCCAUUUAGCUGGAAGUUGCCAGGGUGUGGCGAAGGGAUUGUCCUAGCAGAUAGACAGCGGAUCUCAUUGCUGAUGUUAAGAGCAGAGACUCUCCUCUCUAGAUGGCUGCUUCUCAGCAUUGCUGAUGCUAAUUUGCCCCUGCAAAGAGACAGCGGGGGCAGCUAGUGAGAGUUGGCCGGUGGACAUCAAAGGAAGACUUGACAGGAGAGAGGUGGGGAGCAGGGAGCAUGGAUUUGUAGAGACCUUGCCAGAGAGGUACCCGCUGAAAGCUCUGUGAAUCAAGGCAGGGGGCCGUCCUUGAUGGAGAUCCCAACGUUAGUGCUUGGGCUGGGGGUGCUUCUGCACGCUAGAGAGAGGAAAACAUGGAUUUCCUUUCUGUUACUAGACAGAAGAGCAAAUUGUAGAACACUUAGAAGGUGGGUGGAUGAAGUGUGUUUAAAAAUGAAAAACCAAAUCUAGACGGCUCAAACCCUGAAGCGCUUGGCCCGUUUUUAAUCAUGAAGGACCUCUAGGAUUUGACUCAUCCAUGGGCAGGAGUCUGAGUUAAGGGUAACAGGAAAGGCUUCUGUGAAAUCUUAUAACCACUGGAAGGAGUAUCUCAUGUCCGCUGACUUUCACAGGCUCCCUUUUGCAAGCCGAGAUCUUUCUGCAUACCCUUCACUCUUCUCACCCAGUAGGGGUGUCCUGCCCUUCCUGUGCACUCAUUUUAGCUUGGACUGGAGCCCAACCUAAGCCAGUCCCUGCUUUGCACUGGGAACUCUCGUCUCUUCUGCCUUUGUGAGGUUUAAGGCUACAGACACGGUCAAGUGAGAGCUCCUGGCCUAGCAGUAGGAUGCAAAGAGAGUGAAAUAACCUCAUCCAACUACAGAGGAGGCUUCCCUGUUUGUUUGGGGAAAUUGGUCCAAACGGGGGGGUGUUCCAUUAGGGAGCAAAGCCUGCAGCUAUGAAAUGUUCUCACAGGUAUUAGCCAAAUCGAAGGAGAACGGUUCCUUGGUUGGUUGGGUUUUUCAGGUCGGUAUCUGAUGGACUAAAUAAAAUGCAAUCAUGCCAAACAGUAUUGAAUGGAAUAAUUUAUUCCGGUUUGUAUCAUAGUUGGAUUGUGUGGUGUUGGGAGACAGGGCCCAGAGUGGCCAGAUCUCCUUUUUGCAAUAGUUAUUUAAAGAAAUUAGGACGGGGAAAGGGGGUUCUUCUUGUAUCUGUGGCGUUUCUGGAUGGCCAUCUCUGCCGUUGUGAGGGUUCUUCUGCAGUUGUGACAUGGACGUCCUUGGGCCAGUACAAAGGGCUGGCUCUUGUUUUCAGUCUACAGGGCUCUGAAGACGUGAGGUGGGUGAAGGUCUGAGGCUGUUUUUUAAAACUCUUGUGAUGUCAUGCGAUCACAUGACCUGCCUGCCGAGCAGUCAUUUUGGAUAAUCCAGGACAAAAGAAGUAACUCCACAGUAGUGACCCUCUGAGGCUUGUACUAGUGUAUUGGAAACCAAGACCCAGCAAGUCAUUGCAUGCUGGGGAGUUGGAGAGGGCAGUGAAACCUGUGUUCUUUCUGCACCGCUCUCUUCUUGGGAACCAGGGCCGGGAGAAGUGGUUCAGUGCAAGCCCAGUCUCAGCCAUCUUUAGAAAUAAAAAACAAACCAUGAGCACCAAAGAGUGCCUUGAAUCACAUACUGUCUGUCACACUGGCCUCCACCCACUGACCCUGCAGUGUCUGGGGCUCAUGAACCAUGCCAGGAUGUCGAUGUCGUCUGCUUUUAGUGGCAGUCUUGGCUGCUUCCUUCCUUGUUUCCAUGCCGCCGUGGUAAAAACCAAUCCGAGCGAGGUGCUGGGGUUAGCUGAAAAAUGCCCGGCGUGGGGAGAGCAGAGAGGCUGCCAGACACGGCCUUUUCUGGAGCUGCUGCUGCACUUCCAUCCCUGCUGCUGCUCUUGGUGCUGGCUGGUGCAACGGGAUGGGAGAAGCACGUGGUUAAAAAUCCAGUUGGUGUCUUUGGAAGGGCUGGUCUCACUCCUGGCUGAUGGGCAGAGGCGGGACUGGCUUGACAAUCAGGGAGUGACAGGAGCCACCCAACCAACAACUGGGAUGUUCCCAUGUGGUCUCGUGUCUUGGUGCCCUGCAAAGCGCACUCCCCACAGUUCGGUGGGCAUUGCCCAUCUGGAGGAGGAGGGGUGAUUCCAUUUUUCAGUUAGUUCACCCUGCUGCAAGGACUUGCUAACACUUCUUUCCUUAGCAGACUGGCCAACAAACACCUGCAUGAGCAUGCUGCAACUCACCCCCACGGCAAUGGGAAUGUGGGGUGCGUUGUCUACAAAUACCACUGUACUGUACAGAGAGGAAACUACACAGAGGCUAUGGGCAAGGUGCACUGGUGCCUUCCAGCAUGGAGCAGAGAUGGAGAGGAGACGAGCAGAACCAGCUUGGACUCAAACUGGGGCAGUCUCAGCUAUCUCCAUCACCAUCAAAACAAUUCAGAAAUAGCUCUGCACUCAGUCAGGGCUGCCCAAGGAUCGGGGCAGCCCUGACGUGCGGGGAGCUGCAGCGAGCAAGUUUGUCAAUUCAUGGCUGGUCCAGGAUGGUUCAGUCUUGAGGAACUUUGACAGGCAACCCAAGGUUCCAAUUCUGCAUAGAUCCCUUCUGCACAUGCUCAGGUUCAUGCAGCUGAGUAGCUCCAUUCGAGUCAGUGGGGCUAUUCACAUGCAUCUCUGGUGGACUGGGGCCCAAAAUGCUCCCACCAACGGGAGAAAUGGAGGGUUCCUCUGUGGUGCACCCAUGGGCCCUGUGGUACCCUACUGAAUUUACAGUCAUCUGCCAGAUGUCUUGCACUGCCGGGCUCUUUGUAAAGGUGACUCAUGGUCCAGCCCUGGCUUCGCCCACCCUUCCGAUAAACCAGUCUGCAGAGCAGCUUGGCAGCCUUUGCCAUAGCCUCUGUGUACUUUGCUACUUCUACACACGACUGUCUUAAAACUAUUUUUUUGUUAAUAAAAGGAUUAAUCUGAAGCGUUCUGUUGUAAGCAGCCUGCACAGCUGUGCCUGCUCUCCCCUGCCCUUUGGUUUCAGUAUUAUGCGCACUUUUAUUGUAUUGGAGGGGUUUGUUUUCUUUCAUGUGCCACAGUUGGAAAAAUGGGGUUUAUUUUAUGUUGUACAAAAUAAAAUCUGUAUCUGUUCCUUCUCCUGGUGUGUGUGUACCUUAGGCCUCUGGUGUUGUAUGGUAUUUCAGCUGGAGAUGAGCAGUGGCUGGAAGUCACUACAGUCUAAUGAGGAAAGAUGGUCAGAUUGGCC